CCGCAUUUCCCUCACUGACGGGCCGAUUAAGAAUUCACGCUACCCAGGAAUCACGACUUCGCAUUGACCCGUACGCACGCCGUCACUUAUUUGCUCGCUUUGCCUAUCGAUACGCGAUUGGAUUGGGAAGGUUGGCUGCCGACGGUGUUUUUACUCGGGACAUACGCACCUCGACUAUAUAUGGUGUGUGCUUGCACUAUCGCCUGAAUCAGCAUUCAUAGAAACAGUCCCUCAACAUGUCGACCGCCGUGAAGAGGGCCUGCGACGCCUGCCAUCGUCGCAAAGUCAAGUGCGAUGGCAUCAAUCCGUGCCGCAACUGCUCUUCCGCCCAAUUAACCUGCACUUACAACGCCAUUCCUCAGAAGAAAGGCCCCAAGGGCUCGAGAGCCAAGGUGAUUAGCGAGCUCCGUGAAACGCAGCGACAGACGAGUCUUUCCGCCAAGGUCCAGAGUCGGUUGAAUGGUCUCGGUAGCCCAUCAUGUGUCUCCCCUUCUCUGGCACCCACGCCGGGUCUCCUCGCACCCGAACUAGUCAAAGAAGCCGUUGAAUUUUUCUUCGCCAACAUGUACUCGAUUAUGCCCAUCAUUAAUCGCCAGCGUCUCGAACAACAGUGCAUGUAUAUCGACCAGAACCCGGAUACAUAUUGCCUGAUUACGGCGCUCUCUGGUUAUAUGAUGUUCCAGCCAGGCAUGAGUCUGCCUACAGGCGACCCGAUGCUCGAACACAUGCCGGGUGCUCAUAUUGUUUCAGGAACGCUAUUGAUAGAAGAAGCUAUUCGCGUGCGCAAGGGAAUUGAUUAUAUGGAAACGCCUACGCUGAACACACUAUGCACUAGCUAUUUCUUGUUCUGCUCGUACUACGCACUUGAAAUGCACGAGAAGGCUUGGUUCUACCUGCGGGAAGCGACAACGUUAGCUCAUAUGUGUGGAAUGACAAAGGAGGAGUCUUAUCUGCAAUUUGACAAUGUCGAGUCGUCACGCCGCCGCCGCCUGUAUUGGCUAUUGUUUGUCACUGAAAGGGCAUAUGCUUUGCAGCGUGGCCGACCUCUGACUUUGCAGGCAUCAAUCAAUCUACCGUCGAUUAGCGAUGAUCCUUCCGAUCCGUUGGCUCACCAAUUGAGCGGCUAUAUAUCGUUAGUGAGCAUCUUCCGCCCAUUCGACGACAUGUUCAUCACGCUCUGGAACAAGACCCGCGGUGAAUGUUCGUCAUCUUACCUUAUUGUCUUGCGAAAACAAUUUUCGGAAACUUCCAUGAUAAAUGGGCGUGACAUCGAUCAGCGAUUGAUUCAGCAAUGGCUCAAACCUGCUGUCUGGCAACUCAACAUGCAGCACGGAUGCAUCCCCCAGAAUGGCCAGGAGCAACUGCACUACCAAAUGGAUAUGUCACGCGAAUUAAUCUCUUUGACAUCUCAAUUCCAAACUCAAAGUACCGAACUACUAGGCGUACCACUAGUAGCUAAGCUGCUGGAUAUUGCGUGCGCUCUUACGGACGUGCUUGCUAUGCAGCCUGCUCCCAGCGACCCCUUCGCCAUGGGGCCUCGCGAACACCUCAACUCUUUACUCCAGAUACUGUCAAGCCUCCGCAACGGCGACCACCACUUCCUUCCGCUACUUUUGGACAAAGUGCAUGACAUAUUGCCUCGUUUGGCGAAUCCUAUGCUGCAGCGCGCCCCAGACAAUGUCUGUCUUUCUAACAUCGACAUAUUCGACGGCUUCGGCAAUGCUGGGAUGGCUCAACCACCGAUUUUGACGGACUUCAAAACUGAGCCUUACACAUCAAACGGAGUACCACAUCUUCAGGAUAUCCCUGCGAUAGAUUCGAGCAGCCCCAACGGUGGAUCCGAUUUGAAAUCCCCUUAUGCAAUCGGCAGAUCUCCGUCUGUAAUGUCUCCCAAUGGGGAGUAUGCUCCUAGCAACGAGUUCAAUCCAAUGCCCGAGAUGAUGAUUACUUCAAUGGGCCAAUCACAACAGCAAUCUGCUAUUGGCCAACCAGGCGCAAUGAAUGCACAGCAACCGCAUCAACAGCAUUCCCUGCAUGGAAUGGUAUCCCCAAAUGUAAAUCACAACCAUCCGAUGAAUGGCCAGAUGUCGGUUGAGAUGCAUAACAAUCUUCCUAAUGGCCUGAACCAGGCUCAAAAUUAUGUGAAUAUAGGCCAACCGCAGAAUCAAGCCUACAAUCAACCAGCACACAGCAUGAUGAAUAAUAUCAUGCAUCGGACUCCUCCUCAAAGGACCAAUAGUUUUAUGAUACACCAACACCAGCACCAGUCUACGCAGAUUCCGAGGACCGUUGGUGACUUCCAUGCCUUGCAGCGGGCUGGCGCUGAAAACGUUAGUAUGAAUUCCAUGUCGUUACGACAAAUGCAGCCUGAACUAGAUUUCAGCAACUUACCCUAACACUGAUAACUCAUUCCGCGACUUUUCCUACUCUUGGCUCAUACGCCAAUAUCUCAGCCAUGCUUCUUCAUGUGUUGAGACAUAAAAAGCCAAAGCGAGAUGGAUUCUU